CCUCUCUCUAGAAGAAAUGAAGAAAACAAUCUCCCUCUCCCCGUGAAGCCAGCUAUUCACAUUGACACUCAUGCUUCAACUUCUGUGACCAAUUUAAGGUCAGAGUUGACCAAUUUGGCUAGCCCCUACCCCACGCUCCAAACUGCGGUGAGGGAAGCCCUUGUGGACCCUCUAAAUUAUUUCCCUUCCACAACAGCGCCAUCAUUCCUCCCUUUCUGCUCCCCAGAACACUUCCGCGGCUUUGUUCCAAGUCAAUCGGGGGCUUCAUAUCAUUCAUUCACACGUCGCAUUUGAAAACGUCUCCUGAAGACACCAACAAAAUGGCCGCCGCAGGAGCCAUCGUCCCUCCGCUAAACCAGCGCCCCAUUAAGAACACAAUCGUACUUUUCGACGUCGAUGACACACUCACACCUGCUCGUCUGGCCGUCUCCCCUGAAAUGCUCCAGCUUCUCUCAGAGCUCAGGCAAAAAGUCGCCAUCGGCUACGUCGGUGGGUCCGAUCUUGUUAAACAGCAAGAACAACUUGGGACGAAAGAAGUGAACGUGACAACGCUAUUCGACUUCUGCUUCCCGGAGAAUGGAUUGUCGGCAUAUCGGAUGGGCGAGAAGCUUUCCAGCUCGAGUUUCAUCGAGUGGAUUGGUGAGGAGAAGUAUAAGGCUCUUGUGAAAUGGAUCCUCCACUACAUUGCCGACCUCGACAUUCCCAUAAAACGAGGCACCUUCAUCGAAUUCCGCAACGGCAUGAUUAAUGUAUCCCCCAUCGGUCGUAACGCUAGCACCGCCGAACGCAACGCCUACAAUGCCUACGACAUCGAACACAAUAUCCGCCCUACCAUGGUUGAAGCCAUCAAAGCUGCCUUCCCCGACUUCGGACUCACCUACUCGAUCGGCGGACAAAUCUCCUUCGAUGUCUUUCCCACUGGCUGGGACAAGAGGUUCUGCCUGAAACACGUGGAGGCGGAAAAGGAUAGGCCGGAUGGGGUGGAGUAUACCACGAUUCACUUCUUUGGGGACAAGGCAUUCGAGGGCGGUAAUGAUUGGGAGAUUUAUUCGGAUCCGAGGACAAUUGGACACAAGGUUGAGGGUCCGGAGGAUACGAUGGCGCAGAUAAAGGAGUUGUUCUUCUGAAGGCAUAUUGUGCGGAACAAUAGCGGCAUUCGGGGGAAGAACUGAGGACCUAGGUAUGGUGUGUCUCCUAGAAAUGCCAUGAGAGCACGAGGCACGACAAUGGCUGAGGAUCUGGCGUGAUAAAAGGCAUUUGAUAAUCAUGACUCCCCAAAAGACCAUCGAGCGAGAUAGACUAUAUCUCCUAAUGCAAUAAAGACUUUGUCUUUUUAUUC